UCUGAUGUACUAUUACAACCCAAUAUACUAUUACAAUCCAAGGUCGCGACAGCAUUAGCAAGUUCACAAAGCACGUGUAAAUUUAUAACCUGAUACGUGACCUGAACUUGCUAAUACCGAGACUAUAGGUCGUAUACUAUUUUUUUGCCUAAUUUCUAUUCUUUAUUCCAUUAUUUUCUGGAUGCUUUUAAUUCCUGCUCCGAUCAGAAAGAUCUCGGCUUCAUCUAGGCUCGAUCUUACAGUCGGGCAGGCAUCAAUAACAUGUAGUCAGCUGUUUGAAUUUACAUAAAAGCAACCGCAAAGGCUUACAAUGAGUAUAACACUAUAGUUGAGGGUGAGCUGACGCAGGUCACAAAACUUCACCAGUGGACAUUCACGCUAUUCAUAGAGUGGUGACCCUGGUAAAUGAUGAGAGUGAGAGUGGGUCUGGAACUGGAUACAUGACUAACGUGGCCGAACGCGAGCGAACAGCAACUGAGCAUCAUUUUCAGCAAAAACAUUAAUUAUUCAACGAAUGUUCCAUUUGGGAGCAAGAAAAAAUAGUAUACGACAUUCGACCAGAUUGUAGGAUGCCCUAGCCGAUAUUCAAAUAGAUUGUUUCUUAUCCUUUAUUUAUCAAAAUGUCUGAAUUCACUGUGGUAUCCAAUAACAAAUGUUUUGGAGGAUGGCAACAAAUUUUAACUCAUGAAAGUUCUGUAUUAAAAUGUCGUAUGAACUUGGGUGUUUUCUUACCACCUCAAACAGAAGAAGGCCCAGUACCUGUGAUAUAUUGGUUGUCAGGCUUAGAAUGUACAGAAGUUAAUUUUAUUCAAAAAGCUGGUGCUCAGAAGUAUGCUGCUGAGCAUGGAGUUAUGUUAGUUGUACCAGAUACAAGUCCCAGAGGAGUUAAUAUUCCUGGAGAAGAUGACUCAUGGGAUUUUGGAUCUGGAGCAGGAUUUUAUGUUGAUGCAACUCAAGAGCCAUGGAAAAGUCAUUACCAAAUGUUCAGUUAUGUUACAAAGGAGUUACCUGCUUUGAUCAAUGAAAAGUUUUCUGUUCUCUCGGAUAAACAGUCAAUCAUGGGACACAGUAUGGGAGGACAUGGGGCUUUAAUUUGUGCUUUGAAAUGUCUGAAUCAAUACAAGUCUGUGUCUGCUUUUGCACCAAUUGCAAAUCCUGUUAACUGUCGUUGGGGUCAAAAAGCUUUCUCUGGUUACUUGGGUGGCAAUAAAGAUGAUAGUCACUGGAAUGAAUGGGAUGCUACAGAGUUGGUAAAGAAUUACAAUGGACCUCCAUUGGAUAUAUUAAUUGAUCAGGGCAAAGAAGAUAAUUUUUUGAAGGAACAACUCCAUCCUGAAAAUCUUAUUGCAGCAGCAAAAGAUGCAGAGUCUGUACAUGUCACUAUGAGAAUGCAUGAAGGAUAUAACCAUAGUUAUUAUUUCAUUGCAACAUUCAUUGAAGAUCACAUUAAACAUCACGUUAAAUAUCUCAAAAAUUAAAAUGCAUUCUAUACAAGAGUAUACUUUUAUGUAUUAAUUUUUUUAUCAAAUAUAUUGUGCAUCACAUUUUUGUAUUUGUUAUUGAUUUCAAUUAUAAUUUUUAAUCCAAAUAACUCAACGCUU